UGUAAUUAAGAUUUCUCCAACAGAAAAAGCAAAAAGAGGGAAAUAAAAUGAGAAAAAAAGCGUAAGUAUGACGUGUUUAGUGAGACCUGUCCUUACGCAUUAAAGUAAACUCAAUGGAAAUCCUUGCUAGCACCUGCUUGGGUUUUAUUUGGUUUUGAAGUUUUUUGAAAGCGCAAAGCCGGUGCUUGCUAGCUAACCAUGUAGCGCAAGUACUUUGCACUUUGUCUUUGCACCGAAUGUUGGCAUGCGUGAUGACCCUUCACCCACAUAAGGGGAAAAUGGGCCGCGUCCAAAAGAAGCUAAUGCCAUUGUCCCCUCAUUACGGGACGGCCCGUGAUUACGGGGGCUCAGCUGGAAUGUGGCCCUCCCCGUUAAACCUCUUAGGGCUCUGAAGGCUUUCUCGGGUGUUGCAACAACGCUCCUCCUCGCCGCCGGGACCCGACCUCCGCAUUCCUGACUUACCCGAAAGCAAAUCUGCUUGAUGCAAGCCCUCGUUCUCCCAGUGGACCGCCGCUUUUAUUAGUGGACGCUUCAUGGACGUGAGGACACGCGUCCCGGGACUCGUGGUGAAGUAAAGAAGAGCAAGCAAAGAAGACUUCUUGACUUUCAAGGACAUCCAGAAGAAGACCACUUGAGAUGGACUUCCUGAUCGGCAGCCCUCGCCUGCGCUCGGACAGCGUGAGCAGCAACACGUCCUCUCGAGGCUCCCACUCCAAAAUGCUCCUCCGCCAGCGCCUGACCCAGCUGCUGACCCGCAUCGACGACAUGAGCUCGGACGACGAGGCCAGCGAGGAAGUGUCUCGCACUCUGGACGAGGCCUUCCAGCUCUGCGGACGCUUCAGUCCCACUGAUGCCUUCAGGCUGCACAUGGUGACGUGGAACGUGGCCACGGCGGAACCCCCCGAUGACGUCUCCUCGCUACUCCAACUGGACGUCCAACCCCCCAACGACCUCUAUGUGAUCGGGCUGCAGGAAGUGUGCGCCACGCCCGUGCGGUUCAUCUCAGACCUGAUCGUGGAGGACUCGUGGAGUCACGUCUUCAUGGACACCCUGGCGCCCCGAGGAUUCGUCAAGGUGGCGUCAGUGAGGAUGCAGGGCUUGCUGCUGCUGGUGUUUGCCAAACAAGCCCACCUUCCUUACAUCCGAGACAUCCAGACCACCUACACCCGCACCGGAAUCUUCGGCUACUGGGGUAACAAAGGGGCGGUGUCGGUGCGCUUCUCUUUCUACGGCCACAAAGUGUGCUUCCUCAACUGCCACCUGGCGGCGCACAUGAACUACGCCCUGCAGCGCGUCGAUGAGUUCGAGCACAUCCUGGAGACGCAAGACUUCGACGUCGCCGACGCCCGGCGAGUGCUGGACCACAAGUUGGUUUUUUGGUUUGGAGACCUGAACUUUCGUAUCGCAGAUCACGGUUUGCACUUCCUGCGCUCAUCCAUCAAUGGCGGACGUCUCAACCUGCUGUGGGACAAAGACCAGCUCAUCAGCAUGAAGAAGAAGGAGGCGUUCCUGCAGGAGUUUGAGGAGGGUCUGCUGAAUUUCAAGCCCACCUACAAGUUUGGUCGUAACUCUGACGCCUACGACACCAGCGCUCCAAAAUCAUGGUGGGCUUUUAACGGUAAGAAGAGGAAGCCGGCCUGGACCGACCGCAUCCUGUGGCGCAUCAAACCCAAGAACAUGCCGUCGGACGACGAUGACGAUGACAAGGCGUCCACCUCCAGUGACGGCGGCCUGGACGAGUACCCCCUUGUGGUCAGCCAGGACAAAUACACCAGCGACAUGAGCUACGGCGUCAGCGACCACAAGCCCGUCAUGGCCAGCUUCAGCCUGGAGCUGAGGAAACACUUUGACACUGCGCUGGUCCACGUGUCUCCUGAGGGCGUCUGGAGUGCCGACCACGAUGCUCUUCUCAACUACACGGUUCAGGAGGACUUCAUGUCCUCAACGUGGGACUGGAUCGGCCUCUACAAGGUGGGGUUCAAGAGUGCGACUGACUACGAGACCUUUGUUUGGGUUCGUGAGGACGAGCUGCCGGAGACGAACGAAGUCAUACAGAUAUCGGUGGAUAAAGACGACAUUCCUCUCCUGGGUGGACAGUUUGUGUUAGGCUACUACAGCACAAACAUGCAGAGCAUCAUCGGCCUCAGCGCUGACUUCCAGAUCUUGGAGUCAAAACGUGCCGUCAUGGAGGGCCUCGUUCCAGAGAACGUCAACGGACUCACCAAAUGAGCGUCAACGCGCGCCAGUGUCUUAUUUCAUGAAAUUGUGAAAAAUGAAAUAAAAAUGCCAAACUACAAAGUAGCUUUAAAAUAAAAAGACAAUUCAGUGUAGUGCUAAAGACAGGGGUGUCCAAAGUGCGGCCCGGGGGCCAUAUGUGGCCCGCGGCUGUUUUUUUAAUUGGCUCGGGGCACAUUCUACAAAUAUAAUUUAACAAGAAAACUAAAACAAAUAAACCAAAAUCAGCAAACAUUUUACAGUCAGCAGUAAUUUUGUAAGAAUAAAGUCAAAAUAUUAAGAGAAAGAAUCAAUGAGGAAAAGUCAUAAUAAUAUGAGGAAAAUUUAUGUCAUUUUAGAAGCAUAAAGUUGAAAUACUACAGAAAUUUGUUUUUUAAAAGCCAUCAUAUUAUGAAAAACAAAACAACAUAUAAACUUUUUUUUAAGUUAUAAUAUUACAAGAAUAAACUAUUAUGGGAUUAAAGUCAAAAGAAAAUUUACAAGUCGAAAGUUGAAAUUGUUGUUAAAUUGAAAAAAAAAAACUAAAGCAGAAGUAGGGAAAAAAAUACCUGUACUUUUAGGAGAAUAAAGUUGUAUUCUAAUGAGAAAAAAAAGUCCUCAUUUUACAUAAAUAAACUAGCCAUGACGAAAAAUAAUCAUUUGACUAGCAAGGAGUUGAAACAUUAAAGAAAAAAUAAGUAAUUUUUUUGAAGUUGUAAUAUUAUGAGAAACAAACAAAACAAAAAUAAAGUUGUAUUUUUUGGAAAAUGUGUUUGGGGAAAAAGUUGUAAUACUAUUGGAAUAAAGUCAAAAUAUUACUGUAAUAAAAUCACAAUAUUACAAGAAGAACAUUUAUGAAGAUUAUUUAAGAAGAAAGUUGAUGCUGUAUAUUUUUUAAAUAAUAUACAACUGUAAUUUUAGGAGCAUAAAGUCAAAAUAUUAAGAGACAAAAUUUUAACAUGAGAAUAAAGUUGUAAUUUUUGGAAAAUUACGUUGGGGAAAAAGUAAUAAUAUUAUUAGGGUAAAGUAAAAAUAGUAUGGGAAUAAAAUCAAAAUUUACGAGAAGAAAAUUUACAAAGAUUAUUUAAGAAGAUACUUGAUAUAUUUGGAAAAUAAAAAAAAAAAGAAGAAGAGCAAAGUUGGUAUUAAAACAGUACAUGAAAAAGCUGAGAUGCCGUUUUUUCUUGAAAUAUAUAUAACUUCUUAGCCUAUCUACAUGUGUUUUACUUUACAAAAUAUCAAAGUGGCAAAGUUGCAUCCUUUCAUUUUUCACUAUGUGGCCCUUGCUGGAAAAUGUUUGGACACCCCUGUCCUAGGACUACAAUGAUUAAGCUCUGACUAAUGACAAUUCAAAAGAGAUUUUACAUGAAUUGUUCACCUUGUAACAGUGGAAAGAAUCAUGAAUGAAUUAUCUUCGGCUUUUUACUGUAAUUUCAACAUUAAUGAAGUGAAUUUUGCCUUUCAGUAUGCAUGUAUUAGUCAAAUUGUGUGGCUGAUAAUCAAUGUUGUGAUUCUGCCGUUGUGUCUAUUCACUGUCAGAAUGCUGGAAAGCGUGUAACUAAUAUAUCUGUGGUGCAUGAUUAAAAUGGGAAAUGGCUGUGAAAGGCAUUAAAUGUAUUCUGUACUGUAUG